CGUUACGUCAAGGUUGAAAGGUUAAUUUAGCAGAAUGGUGAUACAUUACCGAUUUUCAAAAACACUCCAAAUUCAUCAUUGUUAGAGAAAACCAAACAGAGGAUUACAACCUCGGUAAAUUUCUCUUUCUCAGAGGCAAGACUAGUCAGUCAAAAGCUGAAUUCUGCCUGAAGUGUUGCAGAUGCUUGACAGAAAGUUCUCCUUAGGGCCAGUUUUAGCCUGAAAUCUGUAAUCUUUUCACCAGUCUUCCACCAAUCUUUCACCAAUUGUUUACCAAUCGUCCGAUUUAAAAAACCUGUCUCCCUCUUAUCCCAACCACGUUAUUCUCCAUGUAGGAGAUGUACUUAAAUGCUAAACAUUUUCCGCCGCGUUUUACGCGAGGCUGGAGGGAAGGAGUGUGGUGGUCUUUUGUUUCCAUGACGACUGUUGGGUAUGGUGAUCUUCAUCCAAUAUCAGUGCCUGGAAGACUUCUGGGUAUUAUCUGUUUCGUUGUGGGUGCCGUCAUCAGCGCAUUAUUUGUAUCAGAAUUGACAUCAUUGGUGACGGUUUUUACAGUUAAUACGAUAACUAAUCCUGAGAGGGGAAAAGCGAUUGGCGUGAUUAACGGUUCGCUUGAACAUCGUUAUGCUCUGAGAAUCAAUGGAAGCAAAGGGACACUUUACUACGCAACAGAUGCUCUGCUACCUGGCCUUAAAUCAAAAGUAUUGGAUGGUGCUUUAGUGGACUUUAUGUCUGUGAACUCUUUCAUGAGGGACUUGGACGAUCCUCACUUUACACUUUAUAAAAUUGUUCCAAACAGGUUUUAUUACGGAAUUAAAUUAAAUGGAGAAGCAAGACAUUAUCUCGGAGCGUUCAAGGAAUACUUGAAGACCAUGCGGAUAGAGAAUAGACUACAAAAGCCAAAAGUAGACCAGGGAACUUUCGAUCAUUCUACAGAAGCCAUACCUACCAUGGAAGCGAUUAAAUUUUUUGAUCCAAGAAAUUUUCUUUAUCAGAAAACUUUAAAAUUCACUGGUUUUGCUGUGAUCAGUUUGGUCACAGGUGGUCUCGUCUAUCAGGCAAUACAGAUAUGGCUGAAAAGGAACGCAAAGCGUGCUGAUGAUGUAAAAGGUGGUCAACAGAAAG